AUGCUCCAUCGCUUACCAAAGCCUAAUCUGCCACAGCUCAAGCUAACUGGUGUUCAGAUGGCUCAGACAGCACAUGUGGCAAUCUCUGAAGAAGAGGAGUCACGUAGAAAUCAUGAGGCGGAUGUUGCUAAAAACAAGUACGCAAGCCACAUGGCUGAAAUGGAUCAUGGAGCAGCACGUGUCGAUUUGCACUUCAAAACGGCCCUCAAGUUGGCGUUUGGCCUAAUGCACGAUGAAACGGAGAUCAAAGAGGCACUCCAAAUCUACCAAUUUCUUUGCGACAAGAAAAUCACACCAUCAGACCUCCGAGGAAAAGGUCGUCUAAUUCAAGCUCCAGGCGAUCCAAACAAUGUCGUCUUCGAGUAUACAAGCGGACGCGGCCGACGUCAAUUUUCAUUGGUCGAUUUGGAGGCCAAAUUCGAGAAAUACAGAAGCGCCCAGAGCCCAACCGCCAUUUGGGAUGAACUGUUCCGGGAGAUGAAAAACGAUGACCCCAUGGUCUCUAGUGUUAAAGCAAUUCUGGCAAUUCCGAGAAUCUACGACCUGAUCAGGUGGGACAGCUCCUACGAUUGGAUGAGAUUCGCUCUCAUCGUUAUCAUUGAGGAGGUCAGCAUGUACGGUCGCCCCUCCAAAGUGACUCUCAGCCUGGUGAACGCCGGUCUUUCAGAGCCAUUAAUUGACCACUUUGCUAGCGAAACCGGAAUUUGGCCUACACAUGCAGUUCAAAUUGGCGACGGUACCGGCGAAUUCGAGCUUCUGGAACAGGAGGAUGAGGUCUUCAGCGGCGACGUGAAUCGCCUGAACCCAGCAAAGAUUAAUGAUGGAGAUCACGAAGAGAUUGGAGAUCCGGAGCUCGAUCAAAGUUUUGAGAAAGCUGUCUCGAACCACUCUGUCAAUACGGCAAUUCUCAACGAUGCGGCCAAGGCUACUUUGCGAGACGAGUCCCUGGAUGUGACGCAAUCAUCUGUAGCUGAGAACGAGCUGAAUGCUUGUAAAACGAAGCCGAGAGCUGGUCAAGAUGUGGAUACGAUUACUGCUUCUAAGGAAGAAAUCGAUGAUUUAACAAAAUUAAUGGCCGAAGCAUCUUUUGGAACUCCAAGCAUGACUUCAAAUGAGGGCGCGGAGCACAUGCAUUUUGAGACUAAAAAAAUCUCAUUUGGCGAGAUUCCAUUAAGAAUUGUGCUGCAAAAGGUGAAUGGUGCGUGCCCACUUCUUGCGAUUGUCAAUGCUUUGGCUCUUAAAGGUCGAAUCAAACAGGCAGUUGAUGAAGAAGGCAAUUAUAACAAGGCGUUGACUGAUGUGAUCAAUUUGAUUCCGACUCUUAACGAAGGCUUGAUAAUUAACGUGGAUUUUCCCAGUCCACAUGAUUUCGAAUUCACACCAGCUUUGUCAUGGCUCGAAUUGGUGGGCCUCAAUCUUGUUCAUGGAUGGCUGCCCGACCCACAACUUCAGGAAUAUUGCACUCUUUUUGGAUCAAUGAGCUAUACGCAAGCUCAAAUCAAAAUGAUCGAAAAAGGAGGCGAUACUGACGGACUGAUCAUCGGAGAAUUUUUGAACACGACUGCCAAUCAGCUCACUUAUUAUGGUAUCGCCGAGGAGGAUGGGAGCUUGACCGUUAUGAACCUUCUGAAUCUAGCUGAAACGAGUGGACGCAACGACAAGACAAACAUUGGCACCGCCGCGCAGAAGAACGCCAACGUCCAAAGCGCUAUCGCCGUGUUCGGCAUGCAAGACGAACAGAAACAGCUCUCAGAAGGAAACAAAACGAUUGGGAAACAAAACGAGGGAAAGUACAAUUGGCAAUUGAUUGGGAAACAAAACGAGAUUGGUCAAAUGAUCGUGAGUGCUCAGACGAAGCAAGAUUCAAGGACUUGCGGAUGCUUCAAACCUCUUCUGGUGGGCUUCAUGAUGACCGUCACCAUCGUCUUCUUCGCCUCGCUCGUCACCAUCGUCUUCUUCUUGGGCUCAAAUGUUGAGGGAACGACAACGUAUUCACCGGGCGGACCACGGAAACGAACGGUCACC